UUCCUCAUAUCCAAGCUACCGAAAGGCCUCUGUUUCUCAUUUCUUCCCCUGGAAAUCAUUAUAUAUUCUGAUUCGGUGACUGCAGAUACAACGACCUUGAGUUACUGGUUCAAUUGGAGAGUCUUGCUUUGUUCAAUUAUUGUUUUGACUCCAAUUGUUAUGGCAUUGUUUUUAAUAUGGAAAUAUGAAGGAUUGAAACAAGUGAAAUGUGAUGGAAGAGAAAGGCAGGAAGAUUUAGGUUGUGAUGAGUUAUAUGAUGAUGAUGUUUGGAGGCCUUGUCUUCAAAAAAUCCAUCCUCUUUGGCUGUUGGGUUAUCGAGUUGUUGCGUUUUGUUUGGCUUUGGCAACAGUUAAAAUCAAAGUUGUUGUUAAUGAUGGUUGCAUUUAUUACUAUUAUACUCCGUGGACUUUUACUUUGGUUACCAUUUAUUUUGGGUUUGGAACGUUGCUCUCUAUUUACGGGUGUUACCAGCAUAAAAAAAUGAGCAGCUGUGAUUUUGAUGUGGAUAAUGUUAGGAUAGAUUCAGAGCAAGGAUACUACAUGCCUUUAACUAACAGAAAUGGUACAAAUGUAAAUUCUCUUUUGCCACUCAACAAUAAAAUAAUGGUUCUAAACCUUUUAGUGAAAAUAGUACUAAUGAAUGCUGGAGCAGUUAUGCCUACUGACUCAUUUAUUGGUCCAUUAUUUAUCCAUUUCUUUCCAUCAAAUAUUUUAAAUUUAAUUUAG